AUGUUCUUCACGUUCUCACCUUCGUAUAUCACGUCUGUAAGAGCUACCAAAGCCCCUAAAAUGAGUGUUUAUUGCUGGUCCUUCAAGCCGGACUCUAGUGAAUUUCUAAGGACUACUCAAACAAAAUUGCGCUUUUUGUCUUUCUUUCGGGAUGGUCGUAAAUUUAUUGUUUCGAGAGGUUCAGGUGCGUGGCUAACGGGUUUAUCCAGUCGUAACUCUUGCUCGGGUCGCUUCGAGUAUCCAACAAGGAUUUGUGCAAUUUGUAGCUGGAGCUUGCGUGUUCUCCUGAGGCUAUUUGUAGAACCGCCAUUAACUUACGUGGCGUCUGAAUUAUUUAAUAGACACGUAGCUGAAAAGGCCAGCGCAGUACCCGGAAAUACAGGUGAGGAUAAUUUAAUAAAUUUGGUUGCAGUAUCGGAACAAGGACCCCACGAAAAGCGUCUUUUGAACGCACUGCUCAAUUCCUACAACACUCUGGAGCGACCAGUCGCCAACGAGAGUGAACCGCUGGAGGUCAAAUUUGGGCUCACACUCCAACAAAUCAUUGACGUGGACGAGAAAAAUCAAAUCCUGACCACAAACGUCUGGCUUAACUUGGACGAGAAGAAUCAACUACUUAUAACCAAUAUAUGGCUGUCAUUGGAAUGGAAUGACUACAACCUGAGGUGGAACGACAGUGACUAUGGUGGAGUCAAGGAUCUACGCAUCACACCCAACAAACUAUGGAAACCAGACGUUCUCAUGUACAACAGUGCUGACGAGGGUUUUGAUGGGACGUACCAGACGAACGUGGUGGUCAGAAACAACGGCAGUUGUCUGUACGUACCACCCGGCAUUUUCAAGAGCACAUGCAAGAUAGACAUCACCUGGUUUCCCUUCGAUGACCAACAUUGCGACAUGAAGUUCGGUAGCUGGACUUACGACGGCAACCAGUUGGAUCUGGUUUUAAAGGAUGAGGCUGGUGGUGACCUGUCCGACUUUAUUACAAACGGCGAGUGGUAUUUAAUAGGUAUGCCGGGAAAGAAAAACACUAUAACAUACGCGUGUUGUCCUGAACCAUACGUAGACGUGACAUUUACAAUCAUGAUAAGAAGACGGACGCUGUACUAUUUCUUCAAUCUGAUUGUUCCUUGUGUUCUUAUAUCAUCAAUGGCACUACUCGGCUUCACACUGCCACCGGAUUCCGGAGAAAAAUUAACACUAGGAGUCACUAUACUUCUAUCGCUGACGGUGUUUCUGAACCUGGUUGCUGAGACCCUGCCACAGGUCUCCGACGCAAUCCCCCUGUUAGGUGUUACAAUUCUCCUGUCGCAAACUGUUUUCUCUCUAUUGGUGGGGCACGUUAUCACUAAAACCUCUGAGGCGAUCCCCCUAAUAGGAACUUACUUCAAUUGCAUCAUGUUUAUGGUGGCUUCAUCUGUGGUCUUGACUGUAGUCGUGUUAAACUACCAUCACAGAACAGCAGAUAUACACGAAAUGCCACAAUGGAUAAAAACAGUGUUCCUACAAUGGCUGCCGUGGAUUUUACGUAUGUCAAGGCCGGGGAAGAAAAUAACGAGGAAAACAAUAAUGAUGUCGAACAGAAUGAGAGAAUUGGAGUUGAAAGAGCGCUCGUCUAAAUCAUUGUUGGCGAAUGUUCUGGAUAUAGACGAUGACUUCCGACAUGUGCCGCCACCACCUAAUAGUACUGCGUCUACCGGGAAUCUUGGACCAGGAUGUUCAAUAUUUAGAACGGACUUUCGGCGUUCGUUCGUGAGGCCGUCUACAAUGGAAGACGUGGGCGGCGGUCUCGGAAGCCACCAUCGGGAGCUCCACUUAAUAUUAAGGGAAUUGCAGUUCAUCACAGCGAGGAUGAAGAAGGCUGAUGAUGAAGCUGAACUGAUCAGCGAUUGGAAAUUCGCAGCGAUGGUUGUAGACAGGUUCUGUCUGUUCGUGUUCACAUUAUUCACUAUCAUCGCGACAGUGGCCGUGCUUCUGUCCGCUCCCCAUAUCAUCGUACAGUGA